AUGGAACGGCCAAUACCACUCCUACGCAUGUUACGAGCUACUGCAAUCUGCUUUAGACUCCGUGACUUGAUCAAGAAAUCACCAAACUCAUCACUCAAGACUCCAAUUACUUCUGACGAAGUAAUCUCUGCACUCAACUUCUGUAUCAAAGAAACUCAACGCAUUCAGUUUUCAAACGAGAUCAACAUACACUCCAAACACGCACCAUGGCCUACUGGUCAUCUAUUUGCUCGAUUGUUUGCAUUCAUUGACACUGACGGCAUCAUUCGAGUAGAUGGACGAUUGGAAAAUUCUCCAAAUCAAGACCAAAGUAAGCAUCCUGCUAUUCUACUACGGAAUGCGGCACUCACUAAACUCAUCAUCUCUAAUGCUCAUCAGCGUACCAUGCAUGGUGGUACUCAACUUACUCUUGCAUUCAUACGACAAAAGUACUGGAUCAUUGGCAGUAGACAACCAGUACGCUCAAUUGUACUUAAAUGUAUAAAAUGCGCACGACAUCGUGCUGAUAGAGCUCAAAAACUCAUGGGUCAGCUACCAGUAUCACGAGUCACUCUAUCAUCUGCAUUCACUCACACUGGAGUUGACUAUGCUGGUCCAAUAACACUCAAAAAUUGGAGACGCAGGCGAGCAAAAACAUACAAAGGCUGGAUUUGUGUUUGUGUCUGUCUUUCUACGUCAGCAGUACAUCUAGAGGUAGUCAGUGACAACAGCUCUACACUCUACAGCGAUUGUGGAACGACGUUCAAAGGCGCUGAAACAGAUCUCAACCGUCUUUUCACUCAAGGAACUCAAGAGCCAGGAGAAAUACUGGAUCACAUCACUGUGAACAGUAUUGCCUGGCAUUUCAAUCCACCAGCAGCUCCACACAUGGGUGGAAAGUGGGAAGCUGCUGUCAAAUCACUCAAACAUCAUCUUACUCGAUCAGUGGGAGAGUCUUCAUUUACGUUUGAAGAAUUUACGACUCUUCUUACGCAAAUUGAAGCUAUAUUGAAUUCAAGACCAUUGGAGCCACUCACGGAAGAUCCAGAUGAUAUUGAUGCACUCACUCCUCGUCACUUCUUAAUUGGACGAGCACUCAGCAUGAUGCCUGAACCAGCACUCAUCGAUACAAUUAGUUCUCGAUUGUCUAGAUGGCAAUUUCUACAACAACGUGUUCAACAGUUCUGGAAUCAUUGGUCUACAAGUUAUCUUCAAAGACAACUCAUCAAAUUCAAGUUGGGUCACAUGUAUUACUCACUGACGAAAGGUUUCCACCAACCAGGUGGCCUCUCGCUCGUAUUAUCGCACUCCACCCUGGCAAAGAUGGAUUGA